ACGAUGACGAGUUACUCCAUCGAAGAGGUGGAGCCCAGGGUGAUUGAAUGCCUCGUGUGUGUGAGUCAGACAGAGAUAACCGAUGGUAUUUGAUGUUAGUAACAGUGGAUGGUAAAAUUUGUCGAGUGGUGGGGGCUUAUUUACUCGCUAUUCACUGUGCCAGCAAACGAUGCGGAUCGACGACGUCCAACAGUUUGCGUCGUAACACUCGAACGUCCUCGUCGCCAGUACCGCGCCUCCAGUUUUUUAUUUUAUUUCUCAAAAGCUGGGAAAAUAGUCAUUACAUUCGGAGGAAUAAUUAUCCAGUGACACCCUCCACCGACAAGAAUAAUUAAUUUAAAAAAAUAUUAACGAAUUAAUUACAAUCAGAACUGCGAUUAAUUAAAUACAAAUAUAGGAUCAAUGGUUCACUGAUUAGCUCAUCAACUUAUUGUUUUAAAUCACUAAAUUCUUCGGCUCUAAUUAUGUCGGUUAGUUGGUUAUGUGUAGGUGUAUGUGUACUUAUCUGUACAUUUAUUUUUGCAACUCUAUAAACCUUUAGGUUUGAGAAAACUUUUAAUUAAUUAAAAUCCAGUGAAUACCAGUUUUCAGUUGACACUAGAGUUCACUCGAUUAUUGUUAGUAUCGACUGAUGGUUAUUUCGCAUGACAAUUUAAUUUUUUUUUUUUUUUGGUGUCGUUGAUAGUGAGAUGAUUUCAAAAGUGUAAUGGCGGGAAUGUGUGGAGGGAUUAAUCGUCGUUUCGUCAUUUGUGUGCAGAGGAAUACAUUGAAGCGUCGUCGGACCAGGUUUCGCGUUUAAUCGUCUUUAUAUUUAAUCGUCGACCGUCGACGGUUCAAUCGCGAGUUGAAGACUUUUGGGGGGUGGGGGGGUGUGCGAAGGACACGAGAGAACUUUUACAUCGGUAAUUCGUGAUAUUGGUGAUUGAACUGUGAUUUUAUUGGACUUUUAUUGGUUUAUUGGUUCGGGUGAGUGAGUGGGAUCGGAGUUUAAUGGCACCUGACUUUGAUAAGAAGAGAGAGGCAAGGAGGCUUGGACACUUGGGGCAUAUUGGUACCGAUGUCGACAAGGGGAUGCUCUUAAUGAGAUGCCCGAUUAAUCCAUUGACGGAUUACUAUCGUCAUGGUAAUACAGGUGGUGGAAGUGUUGCUAAUUCAGGUCAAAGAGCAUCUUUAGCCGUUGCUAAUUCUCGUCAGACGACGCCAAGAAGAUUCCCCCAGCCCAGACCACCGCAGCAACCACAAUCACCGAUAAUCCAACAACAAUCAGCUAGUUCACAGGCGAAUCAACGACAGCACACAUCACCAGCUCGUAUACCACUGGCAUCAAUAGCUGGUGUUACGGUUAGGAACUCGGAAGAACACGCACCAAAUUCAACACAGGAAGUUUGCGACAAUUCUAAUGACUCUGGUCUUGGAUUCGAGGAUAGGCAGCAGCACAUCACAAAUCCCUCGGCUUGGAACAACGGUGCGGCUGGUGAGGAGGACACUAAGCGACGUAGAAUGGAUAUUAAACUCGAGUCUGAGGAUGCAAAUUUUGCAUUCCCGGAGAGAACUGGUGAAAAUCAUGGAAAAAUCACCAGGAAUAACAGUGCCAAUGGCAUUGGGGCAACGAUAAGUGCUACGAGAACGAGUAAUGGAACAAUGGGACGUGUUGGAGGAGUCAUGAGGGCACGUUCAGCACUGGGGACCUACGGGAAGCGGCCACCACCGGUCCAUCAAGGUCCCGUCACCCUUAACUCUCAACUCUCUAGUGUAUCCCGAGACGGAAAGGUGCAGCUCCAGAUUAUUUGUCAGCCAGAGCAGCAGCACAGAGCCCGGUAUCAAACAGAAGGCUCUCGUGGGGCUGUGAAGGACAGAACUGGGAAUGGCUUUCCCAUUGUUCGUUUAGUCGGCUACGAUAAGCCAGCAACACUCCAGGUGUUCAUUGGCACUGACCUCGGUCGUGUGGCGCCCCACAUGUUCUACCAGGCCUGCAGAGUCAGUGGUAAGAACUCCACUCCGUGCAUUGAACGUAAGAUCGAUGGAACAAUCGUCAUUGAGGUGGACAUGGACCCUGCAAAGGACAUGUUGGUCACCUGUGACUGUGUGGGAAUUUUGAAAGAACGUAAUGUCGAUGUGGAGCACAGAUUUCCUCAGGAGGCUGGGAUGCUUCAGGGCAGGAGCAAGAAGAAAUCCACCAAGUGUCGAAUGGUAUUUCGUACGACAAUAACACAUUCUGAUGGCAGCAGUGAAACUCUCCAAGUAUGUUCACAGCCUAUUGUUUGCACCCAACCCCCAGGAAUUCCUGAGAUCUCCAAAAAAUCUCUGACCGCCUGUCCCUGCACGGGAGGUCUAGAGCUCUUCAUUCUGGGUAAAAACUUCCUCAAGGAUACGCGAAUGGUCUUCCAAUUGGAUAAUGAGGAUCUCACCUCGUCCCUCGAGCCUCACUGGGAGUGUUCAGUCACUCCAGAUAAAGAAUUUCUCCAGCAAACGCACCUGGUGUGCGUUGUACCCCCAUACAGAAGACAAGACCUUACCCCAUCCGAAAAAGUCUGCGUUAAAUUGUACGCUGUUUCUUCGGGAAAAACAAGCGAGCCCCACACCUUCUUCUACACAUCGAUCUCCUCCCCUCCAGAGCCAACGAUCGGUAAGAUCGAGACGUCCUCGACGUCCCUGGUCACCUCGACCGAAUCAAACUCUCCAUCAGUGCCAAUUUCUCCAAUAGCUCCAAGCACAGCAAUUUCUCCAUCUGGUAUUCCCUCCACCUUCCUCACUCCCCAGAUCACCAAUCCACAGCAGUCUCCUCUUCAACAGUCCCAGGACGUUCUCAAGAACGAUCCAAGUCCUCCACCAACAGGAGCAACUCCCAUCAUGAUGUGGGCAGCCCAGGCCAAUGGUUGCACCUCCAGCGAUGUCAUGAUGCCACCCCCAAAUCUCGUAUCGAAUCCCCUCUUGUCCAGAAGAUCAUCCUCCAAUCAUCAGCUGAUUCUCCCUGACAAUCUCAAGUCAGAAAUUCUUGACGAUACUUCGGAGAAUAGUAUGCUAUCCGACAAUAGCCUCCAGGGGAACAAUACACCACCAUCCAAUGGGACCAGCACGAGUCCCCUUCAUGCACUCGUCUCAGAGAACUCGAGAGAAGCUUCUCAACCAGGGCUGCUCCAUCCAGCUCAGGAGGUGGGGCUUCUGGGGGUGGAUCUCAUUCAUCAUCAGCACCCGAUGUCCCUCGCUGGGGGAUCAUUCCCCAUUCACGAGGCCACGCAGGUCAAGGUUCUCAGUCCUCAUCACAUCAACAAGGAGGCCUCGUCGAUCAUGCCACAGGAGGCGACCACCCAGGGGACCAGCGUUGUGGAUCUCAGGAUGAAGCAGCAUGAGUAUGAUACGUUGAACACGUUCACGUCAACACCUGCUGAUCAGGCACUGCCCAAUCAGUCCAGUCAGUGUAUUGCCAAGUAUCUGAAUCAGAUUGAGACUUCUGUCACUCAAAACAAAGAGCCAGAAGCGACUGAGCCGGAGAUGGGAGCCAUGACGCAGCUGUGCACGGAGCCCACCUUCGCCGAGACAAUGCAGCAGCGUGCAACAAUAAUAGCAAACGCUCGCCAGCAGUCGGAAGCAGCUACAAUCCUGGCGAAUCAAGCGGCCAAGCUGGACGAGCUGGUAAAUUCUGUGGUUGACUCCCACCAGACCCCGAUGCAAACAACUCCAAGUCCCCCAACGACUCUGAUACCUGAAGUGGAGGCCACUCGCACAAGUCCCCCAAUUCCAGUGAAGACGAUGCUCCUCGAGGCCCUGCUGCCAACACCAAUGGUGACGUCUUCAGUGUCUCCAGUGACCCCAGCACCAGAGCCAAGCCCUGAAGAGACCCUGCUGACAACGAUCAAUGCCUUGCAUCCAGCUAUGGAGACACCAAUAGUGACAGCAGCUGGAAUAUCAAAUGCAACAGUAGCAAUAGCCUCUCACAAUCCUCUCCAAGUGACCAAUGAACCCCUCCCCCAGAUCCAGACCCUGACGCCCCAAGAAGUAGUCGUUCAGCAGCAGGUCGAGCAGGUUUUUGCUGAAGCCCAGAAGCAGGUGGAAGAAGUUGUGGCUCAGGUCCAACAGCAAGCAGCCAAUACUGUUCACGAGGCCCAAAAUCAAGUGGUACGACAGGUGGUGGAGUGCACCCAGGUGGUACGUGAGGCAAUGAAGCAGGUUCACGCUGCCAGGCAUGUUCAGGCUGUACCUCAUGUUGAGGAGGUUGUGAAGCAGCAAACAGCUUCAGUGGUGAAACGUGCAGUGAAGGAGACCACUGAGGGUGUCAUAAAGCAGGUGCAGGUUGUCCAGAAGGCCAUUGGACAUGCACAAGCUGCACAGGUGAUGAAGCAAGCUGUGCAGAAUGACAUUGGCUCGAUGUUGAAUCAGCCCGCUGGUUUUGUUGCUGAGGCUAGUUCAGCACUAGCCAGUGGUGCUGCACAGGAACCCAAUCAACAGAGACUGACUAAUGCUGCUGAGCAGGCUAUUAGUAAUGUUAUUACUAAUGCUACACAGGACAUCAUCAAUAAUCGACCAAUAACAACAACAACUGCCCACGCAAUAAUCGCAACGAAAAAUAUAAUGAACUCAGUGGCCACUCAGAGUGCCCAGUUGAUGAACAGUGCGAUGGAGGGUAUUCUACCUCAGUCACCCUCCAAUGCACCAGCCAUGGUUGAACAAGUCGCCAGGAAGUCACCAGAGGCCAUCCCAGUCCCUCCAACAAUGCAGAAUGGAGAGACACCGAUGCAGGUGCAGGUUACUGCGACUAAUGGCCAAGUGCCUGGAGUCGUGAAGAAGCCUGAAGAUGCUGGAGGAAUGCUGCCUCAGGAGCUUACCUCCAUGUCUGAGCACGACCUCCUCAGCUACAUAAAUCCCAGUUGCUUCGAUCAGGGAACAUUUCUCAUGUAGAUAAAGUGUAAUUAUUUUUAUUUCUGAAUGAGAUUCGAUGGGUGAGGAACAGUCGGGGGAAUCAUUCCCCAGGUCCAAUGCAAUCGGAAUUUGUUAGUUCGUAACUGAUUGGAUUAAUUUUCCGCGAUUAUUAGAGGUGUUAAAAGAUAUAAAUGAAAAUUUUUAUUCGGGGAGUCGAUUAUUGAUUAAUGUCGCCCGCUUUGUAAUUUAAAAUUGUGGAAAUGCUUUAUGUUUAAGUCGAGACGGGCGCGAGUUACUGAAAAUAGCGCGACAAAUUCUUAUCACAUUUUUUUAAAAUCGAGUGAGUGAUGAUGUCAGGGGGUUGAAAAUUUUAUCAUCGUGCCAGGUGCCUUUGAAGGUAGGAAAAUGUUUCUUGAGAUGAUUUAUUUUUUCAUUCAGAGGUCCUUCUGAAUGGAAAUAAAAAUGUUGAAUUUUUUUAGAACACUUUUUGCAGAGAACAAAUUUAAAAAACAUGUAACUGAAUAAAUAAUUCGUAACAAUCCUUUGAGAUUGAUGUGAAAAUUCAAAUGCUAAAUUUCUGGGACAGGUAUUUCCCAAGAGUUAAUGUGUCAUAAUGGUGAGAAUUAAUAUCUGUGAGUGGUUAAUUAUUAUGCUAACAAGUACCUUAAGAUUCUAUGAAUUAUUGGUAUAACUAUUGACUUGAUUUCAUCACUAAAAUAUUGAUCGAAUCAUUAUUACGUGUUUGACAUUGUUUAUAAGAUCAAUUCUGUGAUUGAGUGGAGUAGAAAGAGGAAGUUACUGGAUAUUAUUGGGGAUGUUUCACCCAAAACUAUCCACUGACUCGAUUCACCUUCAUCGGGGUAGUUAAUUAAUUAAUCUUCAUUAAGUUUUACUCGAAAUUCCUCCGCACUCAAGUACACAGACAUCUUUUUACUCCACUCAAAUACUGAAUUGUAUUUUUUUUUCUUAUUUGUUUAUUAUUAUUAUUAAUUUGUUGUUAAUACUGAUUAUAAAGAAAUAUCAUUGUGAUUUAUGUUGAUGUUUUUUUUCAACGCCUAGUAACGAGUGGAAAACGAUAAAUGCAACACAGAGAUUAUAUUAUAUGUCAAUAAAAAAACGUGGAGUCGUAGGAGAAAUAUAUAUUCAUCAGUUAAAUUGAUUAAGAAUCAUUGGAAUAUUCGCGUAUAUAUUUUUUUUACAUUUUACCCAAAGAGAGAGGGGAGGUAAAUUCGCACGCCUAUGGAAUUCACGAGAGCUUACAACAAUUAUCAAAUUUUUACGAUUAUUAAAUUGUUUUUUAAAUGUUCGUGUGUAAAUUUCAUGAAUCAUUGAGUCAAUGGGCUGUAUUCCUAAUUAAAAAAUUAUGUACGUGUGCUAAGGGGUGACAUUCAGAGGGUGUUUUGGAAAAGUAUAUUUCUAUACAAUAUUUUUUGUAACUGUUAUGAACGUCUAAUAAUCUUUAUAUGCAAUGGAAAACAUUUUUUAAGACGCCCUGAUGAUAGAGGGCAAAACAUAAUCAAAUUAUAUUUGUAUGCGGUAAUUAAUUCGCUGUUGGGUGAACUGAGGGGAUGAGUUGACAAUUUCUAACUUUUGACGAUUGAUCAUAAUUAUCAAAAAAUGGAAAGCUAAAUUGUGGUUAUUUUUUUUUUUUCAAUUGACUGACGUCGUAUAUAUUUAUUAAAUGUUGAUCUCCUCAUUCCACUCGACACUCGUAAUGAUAUUGUGUAUAAAUAUUUGUGCCUGCAAAAUUAUGAAAAUUGUCUACAGUAAUUCGUGAAUAUGUAAUGCAUAAGAUUUGAUGAUUUACAAUGUCAUUGAAAAUUGCUAUUUGUGUAACGCUCUGCGCACAUCAUUGAGUAAUUAAGGUGUGAAGUUGCCUUAAAAUAUUGUUUCUUUCGUUAUUAAUGAGGAGUUGGAGUAAAUGAGGAGCAUGUAUCAGGAAUUUGUUCGUAAUGAAUUGAAUAAAUGUUUCACAGCGAGA